AUGGCUACACCGAUGAAACAAAUGGAUAAGAAACUUCAAUUUGAAAGAGCUUCCAUUGCUACUGACAAUGUUUUAGUUGAAGAACAUGAGGAUCUUUAUACCUCUUCUGGCCGUAGUACUGAUGAUGCCAGAUCAGUAAGGGCAACUUCUCAAACUAGGCGCACCGCAUACAGAGUUGCUGAAGACAGAGCUGGCGACAGCCUUGGCAACCUCAAGCUCAUAAUACCAUCUUUCAGUGGUACAAAUGAUCCUGAUGCGUAUCUGGAGUGGGAAGAAGAAGAUGGAACUGAGUUCAAUGGAUAUGCUCUACACUGGUGGGAACAGAUUGUUACAACCAGAAGGAGAACAGGAGAGCCACAAGUGUCUUCAUGGUUUGAACUCAAAACUAUUACGAACAAAAGCGUUGUUCCUGGUCACUACAGUAGGGAGGUUGAUCAGAAACUCAUGAGACUUACUCAGGAAACAAGAGGUGUAGAAGACUACUACCAAGAGAUGGAAAUCCUGAUGAUGAAAGCUGUUGUAGAAGAGAGUCAUGAGGCAACUAUGGCACGAUUUCUAGCUGGUCUCAACCGUGAAGUUCAAGAUAGAUUGGAGUUGCAGGAAAGUGGGGGCUUAGCCCUGUACUAUAAUAAUGAGUUUGAGGUCAAAAUUUCCUACACAAGUAAUAGGAUGAUAGAUGUGGAAGCAGUGGCUCUUGGAAGAAGAGUUUACAUCACUUUUGUUUACGGGGAUCCAGUUCAGGAAUUAAGGGAACAAGUAUGGGAAAGGUUAACCCGGUUUGGGCUUGCGCGCUCUGAACCCUGGUUUGUCAUAGGGGAUCUCAAUGAGAUCACUGGUAAUCAUGAAAAAGAUGGAGGGGCGAUAAGGAGCCCUGAUUCUUUCGUUCCUUUUAAUACUAUGAUUCGGAAUGGCGGACUAUUAGAGUUCCCAGCACGUGGGAAUAAAUUGUCCUGGCAAGGACGGAGGGGUAAGGGAGUGGGUGCAGUGAUGGUUCGAUGUCGUUUGGAUCGGGCUCUGGCCAAUGAGGAAUGGCAUACUCUAUUCCCAUGUUCAUACACGGAAUACCUCCGUAUGGUGGCAUCGGAUCAUCGACCGGUGGUGGCUUAUCUGGAGGACAAAGUAGUAAGGAGGAAAGGACAGUUUAAGUUUGACAAACGUUGGAUCGGACAGGAUGGCUUAUUAGAGGCUAUCACUUCCGGCUGGAAGGAACAAAAUGGAUCCCAACCAGAACCGUUUGUCACAAAGAUUAGUAAUUGUCGACAUGAAAUUGCAAAGUGGAGAAAGGAUAAUCCCCCUUUCGGAAAGGAAAAAAUAAAUGAGCUACAAAAAGCUCUAGAGGAGGUUCAGAUGGAUAAUAACAGGUCACAGGAGGAUAUCCUGGAUGUCUCUAGGAAGUUACAAGAGGCAUAUAAGGAUGAAGAAGACUAUUGGUUUCAAAAGAGUAGGAAUAUGUGGUAUUCAUCUGGGGACCGCAAUACAGAAUUUUAUCAUGCAUUGACAAGGCAGCGGCGGGUGAGAAAUAGAAUUGUUGGACUACAUGAUGUUGAUGGUAACUGGAUAACGGAUGACGAGGGAGUGGAGAAGGUAGCAGUGAAUUACUUUGAUGAGCUGUUCACUACUACCUCUCCAACGGCUUUCGACAAUUUUUUAUCAGAAAUACAACCAUCUAUCUCUACGCAGACGAAUGGGUGGUUAUUAAGACUGGCUACUGAGGAAGAGAUCCGGCAAGCUCUGUUUAUGAUGCAUCCAGGCAAAGCCCCAGGCCCUGAUGGAAUGACUGCAUUAUUCUUUCAACAUUCAUGGCAUAUCAUUAAGUCAGAUUUGGUGGAGUUGGUAUUAUGCCAACGGCUGAAGAUAUGUUUACCAUCGCUUAUAUCAGAAACUCAAUCAGCCUUUGUGGCAGGACGUCUGAUCUCGGAUAAUAUCCUUAUAGCACAGGAAAUGUUUCAUGGUUUGAGGGCCAAUAAGGCCUGCCAAGGUAAAUUUAUGGCCAUCAAGACAGAUAUGAGUAAGGCGUAUGACAGGCUUGAAUGGGAUUUUAUCCAGGCAAUCUUGCUGAAAAUGGGAUUUGAUACUCAUUGGGUUAAACUUAUGAUGGCCUGUAUCUCAUCGGUUCAAUAUAGAGUUUUACUCAAUGGUCAACCAAGGGGUCUUAUUAUCCCACAAAGGGGCUUAAGACAGGGAGAUCCGUUAUCCCCCUAUUUAUUUAUAUUAUGCACAGAGGCGCUAAUUGCGAAUAUUAAAAAAGCGGAACGGGAGAAUCAGUUGACUGGGAUGAAGGUGGCUCGCGCUUGUCCUUCGAUAUCUCACCUUCUCUUUGCGGACGAUAGCCUCUUUUUCUGCAAAGCACAAGAGGCAGAGUGUCACACCAUUCUUAGGAUCCUCCAGGAUUAUGCUGCAGUUUCUGGACAAUUGAUUAAUUUCCAAAAAUCGUCCAUUCAGUUUGGACAUAAGAUUGAGGAUUCAAGAAGACAGAUGAUGCGAGAUAUCUUAGGAAUACAGAAAUGUUGGUGGUAUGGGUACUUACUUAGGUCUCCCAGAGAAUAUGGGAGGAUCAAAGAUCCAAAUUUUUGGAUUUGUACAGGAUAG